CUCUCUCCCUCAAGAGCAGCCGGACAUCCGGGACCUGGAGCCAUGCGCAUCGCCUUGGCAGCGUUGCUGGUGUUCGCUGCCAUCCACCUGGCACCGUCGGUGGAAGCCAAGAAGCCGAAAUGCAGGGUCCUCCACAAUGUGAUGCAUGUCAAUUGGAAUAAGUUCGGGCGAAAGGAGUGGCUGGAAGUGCUUCACUCGCGCAGCCGAUUUACGGCGUGCUUGUCGAGGGCGUACUUUCCCAAGGCUGGAAUGGUCCACUAUCGCAAGAAGAAAGGACCUAAGGCAAAAGGAGAGAAGUCGAAGCAUCCGUUCAAAGUCCACCAAGGCGACAUAUUUAUCUACAGAGACGAACAACAAUUUGAGCAGCUGAUUGCGUCGGAUAAUCGGACCUGGGCAUUGGUCUACCACUGCUGGCCGAAUGCGUCCGGGGCUCACUUUGUCUUCAUGGUCACGAGGAAGCACGGCAGCUUGCAAGGUCGCGUGCUCGCAAAAGCAAUGAAGGCCCUGAGGAGAACAGGCUACAAGAAGAAAAUCUGGUGGAAAAGAUCCGGCUGCCUGCCUUGGGGCAGUGGAAAUUUUGAGCCGGGUUUUCAACUAUUGAUCAAUGUCACGAUGCUUCCAGCCCGAAUAGAAGGCACAGUAGCAUAAUUUUGGCUGUUUCUUUUUUAAA